UCUCAUGCUGUGACUAAAAUCAGCUACUAUAUAUAUUCUUCGGCGGGAAUUGACCGGACUAUAGAUUUUCUUCUUUAAACAGUGAAUUAGCUUGGUGAACGCUCAAAGCACACAACAGAAGUCAUCAUGAGCGCCCCAAUUACCAUCUCGCCUUACCGGCUUUCCUCCCUCCUCCGCCGCCAGAAGGACCCAAAUCUCGCUCUCCAGCUCUUCCAAAACCCUAAUCCUCAACUCCAAUCAACUAAACCCUUCCGCUAUUCUCUCCUUUCCUACGACAUUAUCAUCACCAAGCUCGGCCGCGCCAAAAUGUUCGACCAGAUGGAGCAAAUUCUCCUCCAAAUGGGACGAGAAACCCGAUUCGUCCCUGAAGAGAUCAUCUUCUGCAACGUAAUUUCCUUCUACGGCAGGGCUCGUCUUCCCCACAAAGCACUGCAAGUGUUCGAUCAAGUUCCCUCGUUUCGUUGCCAGCGGACCUUGAAAUCCUACAAUGCGGUGCUGGACGCGCUUCUCAAGUGCGGCGAGAUUGAUCAGAUGAGGAAAUUUUUGGUGGGUUUGGGAAAACAUGUCAAUCCAGAUGCUUGUACGUAUAAUAUAUUGAUUAAUGCUAAUUGUAAAUCUGGGUGUUUGGAUGAUGCAUGGAAUGUGUUCGAUACAAUGCGUAGCAAAGGUGUUCACCCGAACGUAGUGACAUUUGCGACGUUGAUUUCUGGGCUUUGCUCGAAUUGUAAGUUAGAAGAGGCUUUGAGAUUGAAAGAAGAUAUGAGUAGAGUUUAUGGGGUUAAGCCCAAUGCAUCAGUUUAUGCGUCUUUAAUAAAAGAGCUUUGUAAGAUUGAUGAAUUUUGUUUGGCUUUUGGACUUAAGGAUGAGAUGGAAAGAGGCAAAAUUACAUUGGGUCCAACUGUUUACACCACUUUCAUCAGUGCUCUUUUCAAGGUUGGUAAGAAAGAUGAGGCUUAUAGGAUUUUGGAGGAGAUGAAAGUUUCUGGCUGUAAACCUGAUACUGUAACUUACAAUGCAAUGAUUCAUGCGUUUUGUAUGAAAAAGGAUUCUGAUGCAGCUUAUAAAGUUUUGGAUCAGAUGGUGAAAGAGGGGUGUAAACCAGAUAUAAUUAGUUAUAAUGUCAUAAUUGGUGGAUUGUGCAAGGAAGGAAAAUGGAGUGAAGCAAAUGAUUUAUUUGAAGAUUUGCCAAGACGUGGUUACAAACCAGAUAUUGUUUCCUAUAGAACAAUGUUUUUGGGGUUAUGUAAUUGUAGAAGGUUCAAUGAAGCAGCAACUUUCUUAGAUGAGAUGUUUUUUAAGGGUUAUGCACCUUCUUCUGAGGGUAAACAUAAAUUUGUUGAUGGGUUGUGUCAGGAAGGUAAUAUGGAAUUGUUGCUGAAAGUUUUGAGUAGCUUGGGAAAUGCAAAUUUGAUUGAUGUAGAUACCUGGGAGUUGGUGGUUUCUAUGGCCUGCAAGGAGAUUCUAUCAAAUGUGUCUGAGAGAGUUGAUACUAUACUGGUGCCAUAAAUUGUAUAGACAAAAAGUAGGUAAACCAUACUAGUUCUUUGUUUAUUCAACAUCAAAUGUUAUCGACCCUGGAGUCUUGCUGUACUUGAAAAUCAGAGAGCUAAAUGGAGCUGGUAUAGAUCAUUUUAGUCUAAAUAAAGUUCUUCGAAGACAUUCAUAAUAAUUCAUAGUUAAAUCACCUGAAGGCUUUUCUUUUUUCA